UCUUUUGUCCGCAGAAGGGAUCUGUAGCACGUCUCUCGCGAGACGCCGUAGUUCCGACAGCGCAGAUCGUGGUUCAAAUGAUUGCUGUGUAAAUAGCCAAACGUUGCAUUUUGUUGUCUCAGAAAGCGGGUAAAUCACGACAAUGUCGAUUCAAGCCUCAAACCCCAACAACCCGGUUGUGUUCUUCGACAUUACCAUUGGAGGGCAGGAUGUUGGACGGAUGAAGUUUGAGCUCUUUGCUGAUGUGGUUCCAAAGACAGCUGAGAACUUCCGGCAGUUCUGUACUGGAGAGUUCAGGAAAGAUGGCGUUCCUAUUGGCUACAAAGGUUGCACAUUCCACAGGGUGAUCAAAGACUUCAUGAUACAGGGAGGAGACUUUGUAAAUGGUGAUGGAACAGGUAUCUGCAGCAUCUAUAGAGGUCCAUUUGCAGAUGAAAACUUCAGAAUAAAGCAUUCUGCUGCCGGUCUUCUUUCAAUGGCAAACAGUGGUCCAGGAACAAAUGGAUGUCAGUUUUUCAUUACCUGCACUAAAUGUGACUGGCUAGAUGGGAAACAUGUUGUGUUUGGAAAACUGGUUGAUGGCUUGCUGGUCAUGAGAAAAAUUGAGAAUGUCCCAACAGGGCCCAACAACAAGCCUAAACUCCCCAUCGUCAUUGCACAGUGUGGAGAGAUGUGAGCCGACACGUGCUAAACACCAUGCCAACAUUACACAGCCUCUGUAUACUUUUAAUGUCUUAAUUGUGACUUGUUACUCUUCAGAAAACAUUAACACACUGAUUCCUACAAUGACCAGUAGUGGACAUUGAUGUAUUUAUUUGGUUUCAGACUGCAUUUGUUUUAAAUUCAUUGCUUCAUUCCUGUUGUUCUGUCAAGUCCAAAUUAAGACUGUUUGUGUACCUUUUUUCUUUUUUUAAUUGAACAAAGAAUUGGAUGGUGGUCAUACUUUGUGUUAUUUCCAAUCAAUAAAUUUCUGUACAUUUUUA